AUGGUCAGUCAUUAUCUGCCUUCCUUUCACUGGUCAGUCAUUAUCUGUCUUCUUUACCAAUGGUCAAUCAUUAUCUGCCUUCCUUAUCAAUGGUCAAUCAUUAUCUGUCUUCCUUAUCAAUGGUCAGUCAUUAUCUGCCUUCCUUAUCAAUGGUCAAUCAUUAUCUGUCUUCCUUUCGAUGGUCUCAGUCAUUAUCUGCCUUCCUUAUCAAUGGUCAGUCAUUAUCUGUCUUCCUUAUCAAUGGUCAAUCAUUAUCAGUCUUCCUUAUCAAUGGUCAAUCAUUAUCUGCCUUCCUUAUCAAUGGUCAGUCAUUAUCUGUAUUCUUUACCAAUGGUCAAUCAUUAUCUGUCUUCCUUAUCAAUGGUCAAUCAUUAUCUGUCUUCCUUUCAAUGGUCAGUCAUUAUCUGCCUUCCUUAUCAAUGGUCAAUCAUUAUCUGUAUUCUUUACCAAUGGUCAAUCAUUAUCUGUCUUCCUUAUCAAUGGUCAGUCAUUAUCUGCCUUCCUUAUCAAUGGUCAAUCAUUAUCUGUCUUCCUUAUCAAUGGUCAAUCAUUAUCUGCCUUCCUUAUCAAUGGUCAAUCAUUAUCUGUCUUCCUUUCAAUGGUCAGUCAUUAUCUGUCUUCCUUAUCAAUGGUCAAUCCUUAUCUGUCUUCCUUUCAAUGGUCAGUCAUUAUCUGUCUUCCUUAUCAAUGGUCAGUCAUUAUCUGCCUUCCUUAUCAAUGGUCAGUCAUUAUCUGUCAUCUUUAUCAAUGGUCAAUCAUUAUCUGUCUUCCUUAUCAAUGGUCAGUCAUUAUCUGCCUUCCUUAUCAAUGGUCAAUCAUUAUCUGUCUUCCUUAUCAAUGGUCAAUCAUUAUCUGCCUUCCUUAUCAAUGGUCAGUCAUUAUCUGUAUUCUUUACCAAUGGUCAAUCAUUAUCUGUCUUCCUUAUCAAUGGUCAAUCAUUAUCUGUCUUCCUUUCAAUGGUCAGUCAUUAUCUGCCUUAGUUAUCAAUGGUCAAUCAUUAUCUGUAUUCUUUACCAAUGGUCAAUCAUUAUCUGUCUUCCUUAUCAAUGGUCAGUCAUUAUCUGCCUUCCUUAUCAAUGGUCAAUCAUUAUCUGUCUUCCUUAUCAAUGGUCAAUCAUUAUCUGCCUUCCUUAUCAAUGGUCUGUCAUUAUCUGUAUUCUUUACCAAUGGUCAAUCAUUAUCUGUCUUCCUUAUCAAUGGUCAAUCAUUAUCUGUCUUCCUUUCAAUGGUCAGUCAUUAUCUGCCUUCCUUAUCAAUGGUCAAUCAUUAUCUGUAUUCUUUACCAAUGGUCAAUCAUUAUCUGUCUUCCUUAUCAAUGGUCAGUCAUUAUCUGCCUUCCUUAUCAAUGGUCAAUCAUUAUCUGUCUUCCUUAUCAAUGGUCAAUCAUUAUCUGCCUUCCUUAUCACUGGUCAGUCAUUAUCUGUAUUCUUUACCAAUGGUCAAUCAUUAUCUGCCUUCCUUAUCAAUGGUCAAUCAUUAUCUGUCUUCCUUUCAAUGGUCAGUCAUUAUCUGCCUUCCUUAUCAAUAGUCAAUCAUUAUCUGUCUUCCUUUCAAUGGUCAGUCAUUAUCUGUCUUCUUUACCAAUGGUCAAGCAUUAUCUGUCUUCCUUAUCAAUGGUCAAUCAUUAUCUGCCUUCCUUAUCAAUGGUCAAUCAUUAUCUGCCUUCCUUAUCAAUGGUCAAUCAUUAUCUGCCUUCCUUUCAAUGGUCAGUCAUUAUCUGUCUUCUUUACCAAUGGUCAAUCAUUAUCUGUCUUCCUUAUCAAUGAUUUUCUUCAUUUCAAUCUUCCUCAUGUUCCUUAUUAUUACAAGACACACUCAUUAUCCCCUCCCCUUCACUCUCCUAUUCUUGGUGAUAAUCCUGAUCCCACUCUUCAGUGCCAGGCUCUGCUUCCAUUUCAAUAUCUUCCAGCUAUCUUCGCAAUUUAA